AUGAGUUACGGUUUCAGUCAGAGUUCAGUGAGGACAAGCAGCGGUGUCUCCUCGAGGCUUAGUGAUGGAAUCUACAGAGCAGCCAGUGUCCACGGUGGAUAUGGUGGAUAUGGUGGAUCCGGUGGAUCUGCCAUGUCUGUGUCUAGUGUUAAAUUGGCAUCAUCAGGGGGGUCAGGAUUUGGAUUCGGUUCUGGAUUAGGUGGUAGGUCAUCCUUUGGUGGAGGGGUAGACUUUAGUUCCGGGGCAUCUUAUGGUGCUGGCUUUGGUGGUGGAGAUGGAUUACUUUCUGGCAAUGAAAAGUACACCAUGCAGAACCUCAACGACCGUCUGGCCAAUUAUCUGGAUAAAGUACGUUCUUUGGAGGAAGCCAACAACGAUUUGGAGGCCAAAAUCCGUGAUUGGUACUCAAAGCAAACCUCACUCACUGUACGUGAGCAGAACUUUAGUGGCUACUACACCACCAUUGAUGAACUGCGGGACAAGAUCUUUGCUGCCACAAUUAAUAAUUCCAAACUCAUUCUGGAAAUUGACAACGCCAGGCUGGCUGCUGAUGACUUCAAGCUGAAGUAUGAGAAUGAGCUGUCCCUGCGCCAGAGCGUUGACAAUGACAUCAGUGGCUUGAGACGUGUUCUGGAUGAACUCACCAUGACCAGAUCUGACCUGGAACUCCAGAUUGAGGGUCUCAAGGAAGAACUUAUUUAUCUCAAGAAGAACCACGAGGAGGAAGUGAGUGAGAAGAAACAACAAGCCGCCGGCACAGUCAAUGUGGAGUUGGAUGCUGCACCAGGAGUCGACCUGCUCAAGACACUGAACGACCUGAGGGAGCAGUAUGAACACAUUUCAGAGAAGAACAGGAGAGAAGCUGAAGCUUGGUUCACCAGCCAGGUUGAGACGCUGCAGAAGGAAGUUACCACCAAUACUCAUCAAGUACAGACCAGCAAGAGCGAAACCACAGAGCUGAGACGCACCAUGCAGGGCCUGGAGAUGGAACUUCAGUCACAACUCAGUGCUAAAGCCAGUUUGGAAGCCGCACUAGGCGAAACAGAAGGACGCUAUUCUGCACAACUCUACCAGAUCCAAUCUACCAUCAGUGGUUUAGAAGUUCAGUUGGGUGAACUCCGUGCAGAUCAGGAACGUCAAAACCAGGAGUACAAAGCUCUCCUAGACAUCAAGAGCCGUCUAGAGCAGGAGAUUGCCACAUAUCACCAGCUCCUGGAGGGGGAAGGUGGCAAAAUUGCCAGCGGAAGUAGCUCUUCAUCAGGUUCAUCAACCACAACAACCACCAAGGUUCAAGCCAUCAUAAAGGAGGAAAUUGGUGGAAAAGUUAUUUCUUCCACAUCGCUGAGGAGAUAUUAAACAAUUAACCCAAGAUCCAUCAUCCAUUAUGUCGUUAAGGAAACGAAGAGUUGUUUUCAACAAAUGAAAUAGCUUCACAAAUGGGACAGAAGAAUUAAAUGACAUAACUUUACAGUGUUGGGGGCCAUAUUUUGAGCGGUGGUAGUUGUGCUCAAACUUGCCUUUAAACAUCAUAUACAUAGUUUAGGUUCUUGUCACUAUAUGAUCUGUACAUCAAUCUUUCAGACAACUAUGUAAGUAACGGAUGCAUUUCAUUACACAGCACUGGCAUUCAGGUCCACCAUGUUUUCGUUCAAAGGAAAAUUUCACCUAUUUUUCUCAUUUUGCUAAAACAAAUAAAAAUUAGCUUUGUUUAACCGCAUAUGUGUGCUGACGUUGACCUAUAAAUAAGAGCCUCCUUGUGAUUAAGAAACAUGCAUUCAUUGAGGGCAUUCAUUGAUAUGAAUCACAAGAAUAAACUACAUAACAAUCAUAUUGCGUCGAACAAGUAAGAAAAUCUAAUAAACGGAAUCAUUCAAUGAUGUGGGUCUGGUGCUUUCCAUAUUCAUUGUCAUCGUUGACAUGGGCUUGUGACACACACUUUUAUUGUGUUAUAUUGCCAUGCCGGAAAGGAAUCAUGGUUAAUACAGUUAUGUACAGUAAAACGUGCCCAAAUUGUGUGGACUGGGUAAAUUAGUCUUUGCGUGGACAUUUUUCUGAGCCCAGCUAGUCGAAUAGAAUUCCUGGAAGUGC